ACGGCUGUUUGUCAGGAAGUCACCGCAGAUCCGACCGUGGACCUGGGCUCGGUGCUGCUGUGGUCGUGGUCGUCUUUCGGGGUUCGGCUUGUGUGGAGGGGCUGCGAUGGUGGAGACUCCGUCCGGCUGUGUGUUCGAGGACAUCCAGUAUGAAGACAUCCAAGUGGAGGCGGUUGUCGGCAGAGGGACGUUCGGAGUCGUCUUCAAAGCCAUAUGGAAAGGCAAGGACGUCGCCAUCAAGACCAUAGAGAGCGAAAAUGAGAAGAAUGCUUUCCUUGUUGAGCUGCGUCAGCUGUCCAGAGUGAACCACCCCAACAUUGUGAAGCUGUAUGGCUCCUGUAACAAUCCAGUCUGCCUGGUCAUGGAGUAUGCAGAAUGUGGUUCCUUACAUAACCUGCUCCACAGUGCAGAUCCACAGCCCCACUACACGGCGGCCCACGCCAUGAGCUGGUGUCUCCAGUGUGCCCAGGGCGUGGCCUAUCUGCACGCCAUGAAACCAAAGGCCUUAAUCCACCGGGACCUCAAACCUCUCAACCUGCUCCUCGUGGCUCGUGGGACGGUUCUGAAGAUCUGUGACUUUGGAACAGCUUGUGACAUUCAGACCUACAUGACCAACAACAAAGGCAGUGCAGCCUGGAUGGCCCCGGAGGUGUUUGAAGGGAGUAACUACAGUGAGAAGUGUGACGUGUUCAGCUGGGGCAUCAUCCUCUGGGAGGUUCUCACUCGGAAAAAGCCCUUUGAUGAGAUCGGCGGCUCUGCCUUCUGUAUAAUGUGGGCUGUUCACAGAGGGACCCGGCCGCCCCUGAUCAAAGACCUCCCCGAGCCCAUCGAGACCCUGAUGACCCGGUGCUGGGACAAAGAGCCCAGUCAGAGGCCGUCCAUGGAGGAGGUCAGGAACACCAUGAAUGACCUCAUGAAGUACUUCCCAGGUUCUGAUGAACCCCUGAAACUCUCCAACCAGUCGUCCGCCAACAGAAGCGGCUCUUCAUCAGCCACCAGCACAGGUUCAUACGCUGACGGAACCAUCAACAGUAACAGGAGUGACGAUAACGGGGAACCCAGAAGCGCAACGGGCAGAGAAGAAACCCUGAAGAGCUUCGACGCCAAGUUCCCACUGCAGUUCAAACCCUCCAAGACGUCCACACUGCGAACCGGCCUGUCCAGAGUGUCCAGCGUGGACAGUCAGCAGGGACGAUCCCAAAGCCCCACCCACUGCACCAGCCCGGCAGCCACGUCCAGCCAAUCAGAGCUGAGGAUGUCGUUCAGUCCCACAGCUACCAACGGUUUAGAUGGCACCAUCCCCAUGGAAUGUCUGACACUGGAUCACCAGUUACAGCCUCUGCGUCCUCGUCCAAACUCUAAAGAGUCCAUGGCUGUGUUUGAGCAGCACAUCAGGAUGGUUCAGGAAUACCUCAGAGUCCAGUCGGAGAUCGCACACUUUGUUCGGAGAAAGCAGGAGCUGAUGUCGGAGCUGGAGCAGGACCAGAGGGAGCAGCAGACUUCAUCUCGACUCAUUCAGGAGCACGGCAAGCUGCUGGAGGACAACAGCAGCCUGUCUGCGUAUUACCAGAACCUGAGGGGCACGCUGAGGCUCAUCCAGAGUCAGAACCAGCACCACAGCUAGGACCGGACUCACAUCUAGUCUGAGAGAUCACUGCAUGAACUGACCGUGAAGAGACUGUAAGACUCCCAACAAAACAUUAACAAAAUAGGACCUAAGGGCAACAAUACAAUCUAAUCCUUUUUGGGGAUUACAGGCAGAUUAUGAAAUGUAAUUUUCCUCACUUGUGUGUAAUAUAAUGCUACUGUAGUCCAUGUGCGCCAUUCACUAUAGUCGAACGGCCCAUAAUCUAUUAUGAAAACGCAUCCCAGGAU